CCCUGGUAGCUGGUGAGGCCUGUCUCACUAUGAUCCCCGAGAAGAUGCGGCAGCUGCUGCCGGAGGUGGAGCUGGAUCCCAGCGUUAUCUCCGUCCUGCUCUGCAGCUCCACCGUGGCCUUCCUGGUGCUCAAGUGGAUGGUGAAGAAGCUGGUGCAGCAGAAGAAGGAGGAGGCGAGGAGGAACCGAGUGCGUGCCCUUAGACAGAUGGAAGAAGCUGUCCAGCAGUUCAAACAAGAGAACCCAGAGGUACAGGCCAGUCGCAUCCUCUCUCUGCCGCUUAUUGAGCUGGUCAAGAAACUGAAGGAAGGUUCCCUGUCACCAGAGAGUGUCCUCUAUACGUACAUGGACAAGGCCUUAGAAGUGAACAAGGACGUGAACUGUGUGACAGAUUUUAUUCAGGAGUGUCUGCUCCAGAAAGUGAGGACACAAAAGAAGAAAGGAUUGUUGUAUGGAGUUCCUGUCAGUAUCAAGGAUCCCAUUGGAUACAAGGGUCAUGUCUCCACCUGUGGCUUGGGACAGUACCUCGGCUACCCGGAGCAAGAGGACAGCGUCUUAGUGAAGGUGCUGAAGAACCAGGGGGCCAUUCCGUUUGUGAAAACCAACAUCUCCCAGUGCUUGAUCAACUACGACUGCAGCAACUUGAUCUUCGGCCAGACGGUGAAUCCGCUGAACCACAAGAAAAGCCCCGGCGGCUCCUCCGGAGGGGAGGGGGCGCUGAUCGCUGGAGGAGGGUCCAUCCUGGGCUUUGGGACAGAUAUAGGUGGGAGCAUUCGCCUGCCGUCCAGCUUCUGCGGGCUGUGCGGGCUCAAGCCGACGGGCAACAGGCUGAGCGGCCCUGUCAGUUACGUCCAAACAGUUACAGGAAUGGUCGGGCCAAUGGCGAGGGACGUGGACGGCCUGGUUCUGUGCAUGAGGGCGCUCCUGUGUGAUGACAUGUUCCACCUGGACCCCACCGUGCCACCCCUGCCCUUCAACGAGAUGGUGUACUCCAGUUCCACCCCCCUUCGGAUCGGGUACUAUGACACGGAUGGCUAUUUUCUGCUACCUCCUUGCAUGAGACGGGCUGUGCAUGAAACUAGGAUGUUGCUGCAGGAGGCUGGACACACGCUGAUCCCGUUCAUCCCCCCCCGGAUCGACUACGUCAUGAACGAGCUCUUCAUGAAGGGCCUGUUUGCCGAUGGUGGGGCUGCUUUACUUGAGAAAUUUGAACUGGACACUGUGGAUCCCAACUCCUGCUCCCAGAUCAAUUGCUACAAACUCCCCUUUCUCCUGAAGAAGAUUCUGGCUUUCCUCACCAAACCCCUGUUCCCUCGAUUCUCCAGUUAUUUGAAUGCACUGUGUGGAGUGUGGUCGCCAAAAGAAUUCUCGAAGCUGCAUGCUGCAUUGAUGAUAUACCGAAGGGAAUUCCUCUCCAGAUGGAGAGACCUGGAUCUGGAUGUCGUCCUGUGUCCUGUGUUAGGCCCUGCCUUCACCCUGGGGUAUCCUGGGAGACUCAUUGCUGCUGUUUCCUCUACCAUGUUGUACAACGUCUUAAACUUCCCUGCCGGGGUUGUGCCGGUCACCACCGUUACGGAGGCUGAUGAGGAUGAGCUGAAGCAUUACACAGGGCACUACAAUGACCCCUGGGAUAGGAGACUGAGACAGGCUGUGGAAGGAGCCGUGGGGCUGCCCGUGGCGGUGCAGUGUGUGGCUCUUCCCUGGCAGGAGGAGCUGUGCCUUCGGUUCAUGAAGGAGGUGGAGAGACUGGCCCAGAGGCAGAAAAAGCAAAUUGAGGAUAACUUACAGCAUGGAGGGUCCCAAGCUGAUGCGGCAAGAGAUUUGCAGAAUGAUGUGCAAAGAGCGCUAUCUCAUACAGCGGGGCAAAGCGAUAUUCAAGUGCAAACAUCCUGCAUGACCGUGCAAAUGAACAUGCUAAUGGAUGUGCAAAGAACACUAGCUCAAACUGAUCUGGCCGCUGACGUGCAAAGUGAUGUGGAAACAGAAGCCUCCCUCAUGACUCUGCAAAUGGAUGUGCAAAAAACAGGACCUCAAACUGAUUUGUUAGCUGACUUGCAACCGCACGUGUACCCACAGUCCUCCGGCCCUGAUGUGCAACCAGACGUGCAAACACAACUAACCCUACCUGACACUGAAACAAAGCCAUGCCAAGCUGAUGUGCAAACACAACUAAUCCAACCUGAUGUGCAACCUGAUGUGCAAACACAACUAACCCAAUGUGACAUGCAACCUGACGUGCAAACACAGCCUUCCCAACCUGAUGUGCAAACACAACCAACCCAACCUGACAUUGAAACACAACCAUCCCACCAUGACGUGCAACCUGAUGUGCCAACUGCCUAAUGAAUGAGGAGCGCUCUGCCUUAUUGGGGACCAGAAGUGAAGAACACCACGUGCAGCUGAAAGGAGAAUUUGGAUCAGCUCAUGUAAUUACCCACAUCUCUGUUUGAUUAGGACAUCAGAACCAACCCCUCAGCUCUUGUGAAAAGUGCCAAGGUUUGGUCACGAGAACUACAUUUGAACUCCCAAAGUUGGCACCUCCCCCCAUAGCACAGUGCCCCCUAGCACAGAACUGGGGCAUUUGUUCAACAUGGAAUCCACGAAGAGAGAAACC